CUUGCUGCUGCAGCGUGCAUGCACGUCCGUGGACGUCAUUUGGUUUGAAUGGCCUGCGGGAAGUGUGCCCUUGCAACAGCAUCAUCAUCAUCAUCAUCAGCAGCAGCCACUCCAGACAUUGAAGCAAAGAACAGGAAGGAGGAAAGAAGUAGGAGGCGGACUAUAUUGCUGGGAUUUUCUAUUUAUCUCCGCUCAGAGUGUUGUCAACAAGUUUCUAUACGCUUUUUGGAUGCCUUUUACCUGCAACACGCCUGAGGGACCGUUACCAUAAACAACAUCUUUGUUGCUGAAAUAAUCCACUCUCUGGACUUGCAUUUGCAGCUUCAACUUUUGGUGAAGGGGAACAUCUGCUGCUUCCAUUUUUUCAGCCUGGGAAAACACACACAAAUGUAAGAUAUCUGUGCAGGCAUCAUUUUGAGAAUAGGAGGAGAAGGAGGGAGGAGAUGCAAAGAGAGGAGGAGAGGGUGGGGGGGAUAUGAAGGCUUUCUUCCUUGAGAAAAUUGCCUUGGCGGGAGAGUGGAGUUGAGUUAAUUGUAGCCUAAUCCCUGGCCCAGAGGCGCUUGGGCAGCCCGGAGCCAGAUUCUUCUUCUUCUUCUCCGCUCCUCUUCUUCUUUUUCAGCUCUUUUAUUUAGAGACGGGAUUAUUGGGUGUCUUCCCCGAACAAACCACAGGAACACUUUCAUUUAGGCACCAAAAAAGAAGACGAGAGAGGAAUAAAAGCGAAGGAGCGCGCAAUUUUACGCGCGUCCAAACCCGGAGCAGAGGAGAGAAGGGGGGAAGGAAGGAAGGAAGGAAGGAAGGAAGGAAGGAAGGAAGGAAGGAAGGAGAUCAUCACAUCUAUGUUCAAGGAGGGGCGAAGCAUGUCACGGCUCUCUCUGACCCGGUCCCCGGUCUCCCCUCUGGCCGCCCAGGGCAUCCCUCUGCCGGCUCAGCUCACCAAAGCCAACGCGCCCGUGCACAUCGACGUGGGCGGCCACAUGUACACCAGCAGCCUGGCCACCCUCACCAAGUACCCCGACUCAAGAAUCAGUCGCCUGUUCAACGGUACCGAGCCCAUCGUAUUGGACAGCUUGAAGCAACACUACUUCAUAGACCGCGAUGGAGAGAUAUUCCGCUACAUCCUCAGUUUCCUCAGGACCAGCAAGUUGCUGCUUCCGGAAGACUUUAAGGACUUCCAGCUGCUGUACGAGGAGGCGCGCUACUACCAGCUGACGCCCAUGAUCAAGGAGCUGGAGCGCUGGAAGCAGGAGCGCGAGCAGCGGCGCAUGGCGCAGCCCUGCGACUGCCUGGUGGUGCGCGUCACGCCCGACCUGGGCGAGCGUAUCGCCCUGAGCGGCGAGAAGGUCCUCAUCGAGGAGAUCUUCCCUGAGACGGGAGAUGUGAUGUGCAAUUCCGUCAACGCGGGCUGGAACCAGGACCCGACGCACGUCAUCCGCUUCCCCCUCAACGGCUACUGCAGGCUCAACUCCGUCCAGGUCCUGGAGCGUCUCUUCCAGAAAGGCUUCAGCGUGGCGGCGUCAUGCGGCGGCGGCGUGGACUCGUCCCAGUUCAGCGAGUACGUGCUGUGUCGCGAGGACCGACGGAGUCUGUCCAUCAACACGCCCAUCAGGAUAAAACAAGAACCCCUGGACUAGGAUUCUAGAGCAUUCCGCACACACCCCCUCCUCCAUCUUCCUGUUGUAAGUGGACCACACCUUCACUUAGAACACGUGUAGUACGCUGGAGCGGAGGCUCCCUCACCUCUGAGGGGAAUGUAGACGCAAACAAGACCAAACAUCUGGGAUGAACACACAUCCCAGCAGAUCCCUUUGAGGAUUACUUUUGGCCCACUCGGGACGCCUGUAAAGACGAAGCGAAGAGGACAUGAUAACACCCACCCCUUCAUGAUGUCAGCCCAUCAUCAGUGUGUUCUUCUUCUCUUGUUCCGAUCACGCCACGCUGUAAAGAGUUAAGCAUUAACGGGAUUAUUUUCAUCUUCUUUUGUCCCACGUGAAGGAUGUGUUGUUUGUCUUGAAGAGGAGCGUUUAUUGGCAGCAAGGAGCUGGCAACGCAUCCGACUCGCAGAGCGGCCCAUUGUUCCAACAGAGGGGACAAUCUCCCUUUUAAACGUGUCAUUCCGUCAUUUUAGCCCUGCGAACGUAUCUUUCAGCAGCCUCAACUUUUGAUCAAAUGUUCAAAAAUAGUCCAGGACCAAACACGCACGCGGAGUUUACCGCUACGUCUCCACUUGGGCAAAAGAUGUCCUCCUAAUGUUUUCUUUGGGGUGUUUUUGCACUUAAUCAUGUCCCACCGCCCCGCUUCCCUCACAACACUCACGGCUGCGUCCACAAACGCACUGAUAUUUUUGAAAAGGACCACCAUCCAAAACAUGGAUCACUACGAACAACAACCCCCCCAGAAAUUAACAUUUUGUCAUAAUGUCAAAAUAAAAAGUGAUCCCAAACAAACUGGUAUAUUUAAAACAAAAUUUUUAAUUUAAUUUUUUUUUUUUAAUUUUAUCAACUGCAAAAAAUGGCACAGUCUAAAACGUGUCUCAGUGUUUCUUUUUUUUUCUUUUUUGAUGAAAAUACAAAUAUAUGGGGACAAAACCAAAUAAAGAAGAAUUUCUUUUUUUCGUUACAAUUCGACAUUUUAUGUGUAAACAAACUAUGAGUUAAAAUGAUAAAAAAGUUGUAGCUAAUUGGAAGAAAGACAUUUUUGGAAAGGACGGCGACAACCGAAGCAAACUGGAGAAAAUGAGAACUCAUUUAAAAAGACUGAUGGUGACAAAGACAAACUAAGAUAAAAAUGAUUAAAACUAGUCCAGUAAAUUCAUUUAGAAGUGACAUCGAAAAAAAGCAUUUUUAUGUUUUUAUUUAUUUUUGAACAAAACCGUAAGGAAAACAUUCUGUAUUCAAAUUUGGAUGAAAAUAAAACAACAUAUGAGGACGAUUCCAACGUGUCCAAUCAAACUAUUACUAUGAUGGAAAAUGUAUAUUUAAAAAUGAAAGAAUGAAUAUACCAUUUUCUUUUGUAAAAUUAACAUUUCAUUUUUAGGUUUUUUUUAUGGAAAAAAAAAAAGGUUUUAUCCAAUCAGAAGAUGGAAGAAAGCCACUUCUGGAAAAAGGCACAACAACAACAUGGAACUGAAGAAAAUGAGGGAAAAGUCAACAAAAAAAUGUGGAUGUCAAUUUUUUGGGUUGUUUUUUAAGAACAUCCAAAUAAAAAUGUCGUUUUAGAAAACUACCUUUGUGUGUGUGGACGAGGCCUCACACCUUGAAAGAAAAAGGGUGAAUGUCCCGCGGCUGACAUGGUGCAUAUUUCCUGAUUGUACAAAGAUGUUUUCUUUCUUAGUGUUCAAAAAAAGAAGAAGAAGAAGACGAGCAUCGUAAAUGCGUGCUGGCUGUAGAGUUCUUUGUUCCUUCUGAGUCGACUACAGCCGCAACAAACUUUGUGGGAUCAUGUGGGAAGGGGAGGGGUGGCGAUGUGGGGGGGGACUCACGAUUAAGGUCUUUUUUUUUGCAUCAGACAUGGCGAUUUGUGUGUGCGUCACUUACACAUGCUGUUUGUUGCGUUGCCAAAACUAAGAAAAAAUAAAUAAAUCUAUAAAGUAGGAUCAGAGCAGAGCAGUACGGCUCUCCUCCAUGGGGGGGCGCAAGCCUCCUCAAAGGGAAUACUCAACCCGGGCCAGUGGAGAACCUCGGCUAGCACCCCCUGCUGGUGCUUUGUGGACUAAAGACGCACCGCAACGACUCUGGAAUGACUUUUCCCAGAAUUUACUUAAAAAAAACAAACAUCAAAUACAACAUUUUUCUCUACGGUUUUCAUGACCAGCUGGGUGUUACUUAUUCCCCGAGGCGGCAAUAACGCACCCUCUGAUGACGUACCGGACAGUUUUCUCAAACUGCGCCACCCAGCGGACGCUCACUUGUACAGCGGACUGGUUUUUCAAAUAACCCCCCCCCACCCCCCUGAAAAAAUAAUGCCAUUGUUGUACAUACGGAUUUAAGCGUUUUCAAAGGUAUUAUAAUAAUAAUAAUAAUAAUAAUAAUAAUGUAUAUUAUUUAAAGUGUUUAAGAACAAUUAGACUGUGGUAUUCUAAAGGGCAUGUGUUCAUUUGCAGUGAGUUUUCUUGCAUAUUUGCGAUAAUAAAAGGAUGUACUGGACGUCACUUGGCUUUGUCU